GGAACCUUUGUUAUCGUUUUGCCUUAAAGGGGAAUGAAAAGACUGCCGGACCGAUGUGGGCGUGGUGGUAGCUUCCUCCUUUGAAAUUAAACGGCUGGCGUGUUAGAGUACUGACAUACUGAGUGUUGUGAGGUGCGGAGGAGCCAUGCCUUUCCUCCAUGGCUUUCGUAGGAUCAUUUAUGAGUAUCAGCCGCUGGUAGAUGCUGUGAUGUGCGUUGUUGGCCUGGAGGAAGGAGAUGGUGGUAGUCAGGAGGACAGAGUCCGAAGCCCUGACGACGAGUCAAGUCUUCGCAGUUCACUUGUGGAGCUUCUGGAGCGAGAGUCCCAAUCGGAGGUAUUUCUAGAAGGCAUCAGCUAUGCUCUCUUUAAAGUGGCAGAGAGGGGACUGGCCUACGCAGCUGAAAUCCUUCUACGCUAUGGAGCUUAUCUAAACUUUGAAGACCCAGUGUCAUAUUACAAUCCACUACAAAUAGCAGUUUUGCGGAACAGGCCGAACAUGGUGAGGCUGCUGGCCGGGCACGGAGCAGACAUUGAGAAGAGGGACAGGAUCCAUGAGAGCAGUCCCUUGGAUCUUGCCAGUGAGGAGUCUGAGAGACUGCCCUGCCUGCGCACCCUGCUGGACCUAGGUGCUGAUGUGAAUGCAAGGGAUAAACAUGGAAAAACACCUCUGCUACAUGCCUUGGCAAGCAGCGAUGGACUCACUGUUCACAACACAGAGAACAUCCAGCUUCUUCUUCAGAGAGGUGCUGACAUAAAUGCUACUACUGUCGACGGUGAAACAGUUGAGUCCUCGUUGGUGUUUCUGGUUAAGGAGGCUCUGGAAGCCAACGUGGAGGAUGCUGCUGAGAUUGGUAACUUCUGCCUGAAAACCACAGAGCUACUGCUGGCUCACGGUGUGGACCCCAGCUGCUGCCUGAAUGAGGAUGGCGAGCCCUCCUUGACACAGACCAGUCUGGAGCACUUUGACCAUCUCUUUCCUCUGGCUGUGCUCUUAAUCCACAGCGGAGCCUCUUUGAUUUGCUCCUAUCACGGUGACUCCUGUUGGUCAGGUUACAGCCUUCUUUUCCAGCGGCUCCAAAUGGCCCUGCUGGAGUGCUCUGAUCAGGGUCACGCCUCUGAGCUCCUGGAGCAAGCUGAGGUGUUGCUCGACUUAGCAAGGGUAAACAUCCCCACGCUGCAUGUCCCUCCCAGGCUGGCUCUCCCUGUCCCUGGUCAGGACCCUCACCCGUAUGCCCAGGCUUUGGUAGACCUGCACAGCCGGGUAGUAGAGCGUGAAGCGAGCCCUCCUGCUUUGCGAUGCCUUUGCAGGGCAUUCAUAAGGAACCACCUACAGCCCUGGCCACUGGAAGAGAGAGUCAAAGUCUUACCAUUACCAGACAGACUGAAAGACUUUCUCCUCCCUGAGCACACAUAUACCCCAAAACCCGGCUGGGACUGCUUCAAGCCCCAACAGAGCCAACGCUGACGAUAUAAGCCACUAGCUGGUUUUUGUUCUACCUAAAAUCUGAAAUGAGAGACCGAACAGGCCCGAAAUAAUUUGAAUAAAAUGUCUGGGCAUUUGUCCAUAAGACACCAUUGAGGCCUUUGUUGUAUUCUCAUUGUGUGUUGUCUGUGCCAAAUUUACAGAAAAAUGUGUGUAUGUUUACUUUAUCAUACAAAGUUUUGUACAAAUUAGCGCUUGAGUCGUAGCUGAAGUUGUCACUGCUGUGGUGAAACUGCUGUACAGUCGAGUGAACCACAUUAACGUGUAAAGGAAGUUGCAGUUAAAAAUAAAAGCCACCAGAUGGCAGUGUUGCUCCUGCAAAUCAAAAGUAGCUCAGAUGCCAGGGUCAAAGAUUUAGUUAUUCUCAGUGCAGCCUAUUAAAGUUGUUCUAGUGCAGUAGGGUCCAUCUAUAUUUUAUCUCCUCAACAUGAUGGUGAUGUAUGGCGGAAUUUGCGUAUCUUCUCCUUUAUCAUGAAGGUGGACCAAUAAAACAGUCAUGUGUUCCACCAACUGUGUCCUGAUACGUAUAUCCAGUAAACGCAUGUUGACAUUAUUUUGUGUUUGUCAACAUAUUACUGUUUGUAACUGACCAGGUAGUGGCAGUGCAGCUCUGAAUAUGACUCUUGCACUCACUGACUACCUGUUAUAGGGGAGUAAUCGCUGCUAUAUAUUUGCCUCAUGGUUAUAUACGUACACCAAACAUCAGCUGAGUGAAAGCUGAAAUAAAGAAGCAGGAAUAAAAUGCUACAACACUGCAGGAAGAGGAUGCCUGUAGAUGUUUUGACAUGGUUAUACUGUGACAUGAUGUAGCUGCAGUGACUGCUGGCGUGGAAAGUUUUACGAAGCAUUCUUAAUGCUCAUGUUUAAAUUCAGACGAACGUGGCCCCUUUCCUUGUCUUUUUUUUUUUUUUUUUUAAAUCUGUACAUCCCGUCUGUGGUAAUACACAGUGUCUGAAAGAAGCGUACUGUGACGGUACAGGAACACCAUAGGGUACAUAUGUGUUUGCAUCCAUGUGUGUGUGUGACGAGCAAACUAAAUAGGACAUUGUGUUACACAACUAACCCCUUCCUGACAUUGCUGAAGCUGGAGUGGCUCCAAGGCUUGCAGGCGCUCCAGCUCCUCUUGGUUAUCUAGGUCACAGCCUCUGAGGAGAAGAGCCUCAGCAGCAGCAGCAGCAGCCCUGCAUGACACACGCUUCACUCUCCUGUCUGUCUGAAUCUCCCUGCAUAGGCUUGACAAAACCUCAACACUGGCCUUGGUCGAAUGAGGGAGAGAGGGAGGGAGAGGGUUGCAGGAGGCAGAACGGUGGAAAAAAAAAAAAAAAAGAAAACGUUAAAGAUACAGAGACGACAUGUGGAAUGGUUGUGAGAGCACUCAUGGAAGACACAUGGAAAUGGAAAUGGCAAUGUUGGAUUACAUUUAUACAAUACACUAGCUGUAGGAACAUAAUCCAACAAUCACAAUGCUGGGAAAAAAAACAGUCCUCUUCCACAGAGUCCAAUCCCUGCUUGUAGAAGGUGAUAGAAUAGAGAUAGUGGGGGGAGGGCAAAGCCAGUACUCUCCAUCCAGCAUUUAUUGGAAAACAGUGCGAGUGAAGCUUGGUACUGAAAUUAGUUAUUGAUCUAUUCUCUCCCUGAAGCCCAUGGGUCUUUCCCACCACACCUGCUCAUUCUCUCAUAGCCUUUUCUUUCACCGCAGCCCAUUGUAUCUUUCAACCUUUUGCUUCGAGCUCCGGCGUGAUUUUGCUUGUUUUGUAGUUCGUUUAUUUUCUUCGAACCACCUUCUCACACUGAGAAGUUAUUUCAAAAUCAGAUCCUGAUAAUAGGGUGAUAUCUACUAGAAAGUUUGAUAUUUAAAAACUAAAAUCUUGUGUGCUGCAAACAGCUCAAGACACUUUUACAUGCUUUAUAGUUUACAAAGUGAAGAUAGUUAUUCCAAAACCUACUUAACGUGUUAUGUGUAACGUGCUCGGUAUGUUGCCCUCUUUAUUUCAGUAUGUCAGUAUUUUCUUUGAAUAAUGUCUGUCCCAUUUUAAACCAUGUAUUUGCUAUUUUUCAUUCUCUAUUCUUCUUCCAGUCCCUGACCAUCUUUUCUCUUCGUCUGCACCACAGACUCAAGAAUAUGGAAACUUAUUUCAUGUUAUUCAUUCAAAAUAAAAUGCAGUACAAGGGCAUUUAAUAACACAUCACAGAGUAGAUGUCUUGAAGGAUAAACCCACGAAAUGUGAAUUUAAUUUGACCGUUUCAAACUCAAACUCAUGUUACUGAUAUAAAUUCUUACAAGUAAGGCUUUUAGGCUUUUGUGAGCAAGAUAAAAAUGAAACCCAAGAAGUACUGCACUGCGUGUUGCCUGCCAGGAGCCACUGAGCAUAAAGGCUGAAGGAUAGUUCCAGUUUUCUUUCGAUGUAGAGAAAAAUGUAGAGAAAAAUUACAUCAAAACUACAGAUGAAUACUGUUUUUGUCAGUACUUGUUUGUUGAGUUCCUCAUCUGGCCCUAACCUUUUCAUUAACCACCACGUCACCAACUGAAAGACAUUGUGGUCUAUUUCAGGCCUUUUCUUCUAUAGAGCAGAGCCUGUGCAGAAUGUGCAUCUCCUUGUCUUUCACUAGACAUUGUCUAGACACAGGAUAAUUGCAGACAUCGCUGAACACUCAGCUGCUGCCUCAAAUCUCAUGGGAAUUGAGGUGGACUUCGGAGGGAAAUGGCCAGCAGUCAGUGAAGGGGUCACACGGCACGCUCACACCCCUUUUAGAUUGUGUGUUCAUGCGUUUGCCUGUACCAUCUACAUAUUGUGCGUGUAUGUGUUUGGUGGUGUGAAGGCAAGCGUGGACUCGGCUGUGUGUGGGAGAGAGAAAGAGAAAGAGCGAAAGAGAGCGCAGACAUUGAAACACACAGUGUUCAUAACCGCAGAUGUGGUGACUUCAUCAGAAAAAAAUCCUACCCCCGUCCUAUUGCUCCACUAGUGUUGAUGGAGCUCACCAAAAUUAAUGGCUGUUAAUACUGUGACAAAAAGGCAAAUUCUCACUGGAUAUCGACAUAUUCUGCACUUCUGGUGGCGUCCAUACAGAAUAUUUUAUCUCCUACAGGAUUAUUGUUGUUUGGCUCAGACACUUUUGAAUGUGGAGCUUUGACUGGGUGUGAGGAUGUGUGUUUGUGUUUGUGUGUGUGUGUGUGUGUCUGUGUGUUGUGGGGGGUGUCAGUUGCUCUGUGAGCGAUGGACGCAGGUCACCGGGUUCACCCAGGGCACAGGACUAAUCUCAGUGGGGGUGGAUUGGAUGUAGGAUAGUUGAAUCCUGUUGGGGCAGGCCACCUUCUCAUUCUGCUCCAGGUGCUGGUUCCUCCUUUAGAUUGGCACAUACUAUCUGUUCUGUUCACCAACCUUUACAGCUCUGGUUUAAACUAGUGCUACAAGAUUAGAUCUAAGGGGGUUUGUAUGUGUUUUGUUUGCUCAUUCUACUUUUUUGGGGGAAAAUAUGUCAAGAUUUAAAUGUAUUACUUGUCAAAAAAUGGAGAGAGAGAGUUUUUCCACAAUUACCAUACUUUUUGUCCACUUUUAUACAACUCUUAGAUGUUUUUUGUUUGUUUGUUUGUUUGUUUUGGGACCCAUUCCAAAAUGAGUUUUACUACAUGCCGGUAGUUUUUUGUUUGCCCUUAUGUGUCUGUGUUUUUCAAAUCUCUUUGGAAAGAAAAAUAAAUAGCUCCAACAAGUCAAGUACCCAUACUGUUACAUACAAGUAUUAACACAAGUCUGUUUCUGUUCUUCAAGAGGAACAAGUUGAAAGUGUAGCACACCGAAAAGUCACAGUUCCAUACUCCAACUCCUAUUUUAGAAACGCACAAAUCCACCACCCUCUACAUUUCUACAACUGACGCCAUUUCACAGAAAUUCCAGACAACUGGCGCCUGAGCUCUGCCUCCAAGAAGGACAUGAUGAAUAGGACACACCCUUGGUAUGCUAGUGAAUGGUAGAAUAUAUGGCACACUGCAGUGUUACAGCCUAGAUUCAUUACAGCCUCUCGUCCUAGCUCUUUUCAGUGUCGUUUUCCCUGCUUUUCUCCCCCUUGCGUUUCAUGCUGCUCGCCUAUUUUUAAAAGCUUGAAUUUGAGUGAAAUGCACUGAGGCACCAGUAAGGCGAGCUACAGCUCUUUCCAGCGCUGGUUCCUGAUCCACCUCUUUGUUGUGGUCUAUGCAUGCCUGCUCUAGUCACAUGACUGCGUUUCUAUGGCAACUCGGGUUUGAGUAAUCAUUUGCGUUACGACCUUUAUUCCCUUGAGGAAAGGGGAGGGGGAGGUUAGACUGAGCCUGUAGAAAGAGGGAGCAAGAGGAAAGAGAAAAGACAGGCAGAAGGGGAGCGGCAGAGAGGCACAGAGGAGGAAAAUAGGCAAAAAACAACGGCUGUAGAGGGAAAAUGUUGCCUUUUCGUGCCUUUAUAUUUUGUAUUUCAUCUCUUUCUCUUCACACUGCAUGCCAGCCUCUACCUCACUGUACUCAGUAGCUGGAAAAAUGAUACAAAAACCUGCCACUAAACACUGUGUGCUUCAGUUUCACCAUUAUAUCUUUUGUGUUGUGACUCACUCACUGACUAGGGCAGGCGAGUAAGUUUGGUGGGAGAGGCAGGAGGCAUGUAUGUUUCAUAAGGUCCUACACACACACACACACACACACACACACACACACACACACACACACACACACCUCCCCUUCAUUUCUUCUCAGAGGAAAAGCAGUACUGUGCCACAUGUGCAAGUCUCAGCAGAAACAGAUUCUGUAUGUUCCUGUUUCUUGCUCUCCCGGCUGCGUUGUCAUGGUUACUGAGCUAGUCCACCAAGGCACGCAGCUCCUCUCACUCUCUCUCUCUCUUUCCCUCACUCUCUCUCUCUCUCUCCACCGUUGGGUGAUUCAACCCAUCAGUUGGGUUGUGUCAUCUCCUAGAUGGAGUUUCUAGCUCCCACAUCUCCUAAAUGGAGUUUUUCAGUUUGGGCCUGUGUACCAAUUGGAUUGUAGUUUGAGAAAAUGGAAUAAUUGUGUGUGUGUGUCUCUAUGUUUGUGUGUAUAUGUGGGUGGGGUAAAUGGGUGGGUUUUGUGGGUGUCUUUUAUCAGUAGUGGGGGGAUCCAGCAUUGACAGGAGGUGGGCUCGACUGGGGGGCUGGUGAUAGACACUAUGGGGGUUGUGUGGUGGAGGUGGUGCUGGUGGUGCUGGCUGCUUCCAGGUGCCUGUGACUGGGGCUGAAUAUGAAUGAGGGGCCCCGGUUCUCCAGAGAUGGCGGCUGGGGAGAGAGCUGCUAAAACCAGAGACCAAUGGAGCCUGGCUAGUUGAGAGGCCCCCACAAGCUGCUGACAGGAGCUGGAGCUAGCCAUCACGUUAAUUAGCGUUUUUACUCUAGCAGCGGCAAAAAGGGGGAGUGGGUUAGAGAGGGAUGUGGGGGUGGUAUAUGACUCAUAGACACAGUAUGGUUUAUUCAUGAUGGAGGAAGGGGAUGUGUGUGUGUGUGUGUGUGUGUGUGUGUGUGUGUGUGUGUGUGAGAGAGAGAGAGA